UUGGCUGGAACCCAAAAUGGCGGCUGGGAUGUACCUGGAGCACUACCUCGAUAGUAAGACCGGGCGUGGGAUUCGGCCGGGAGGGAGGCCGCGAAAUGCCGGCAGACGUCUCGAUUUCGUGUCGCUGGGUGGGCGCAUGACAUCAAGGGGCCGCUUCUUUGCAUGUUCGGGCCAUUCAUGGGUUCAGCGGCGGAGAGAACCUGUUCAGGAGGGCACUUCGGCUCAUCAUGGUUCCCCGGUAUUGAGAAUUUGCCUUUUGAACUCCAGAGAAACUUUCAGCUUAUGCGAGAUCUAGACCAACGAACAGAAGAUCUUAAAUCAGAGAUUGAUAAACUGGCUACAGAAUAUAUCAGCAAUGCACGGACUCUGUCUUCAGAAGAGAAAGUGGGUCUUCUAAAACAAAUCCAGGAGGCCUAUGGGAAGUGCAAGGAGUUUGGUGAUGACAAAGUACAAUUGGCUAUGCAGACAUAUGAAAUGGUAGAUAAACACAUCCGGAGGUUGGAUACAGAUCUUGCCCGGUUUGAAGCUGACCUAAAAGAGAAACAGAUUGAAUCAAGUGACUAUGACAGCUCAUCUAGCAAAGGCAAAAAGAAAGGUCGUGCCCAAAAAGAAAAGAAAGCUGCUCGUGCUCGUUCCAAGGGAAAAAACUCUGAUGAAGAAGCACCAAAAACAGCCCAGAAGAAGCUGAAAUUAGUUCGCACCAGCACAGAUUAUGGGAUGCCUUCAGUGACCUUUGGAAAUGUCCACCCUUCUGAUGUGUUGGAUAUGCCCGUGGAUCCCAAUGAGCCCACCUACUGCCUCUGCCACCAAGUCUCCUAUGGGGAGAUGAUUGGUUGUGACAACCCUGACUGCUCCAUUGAAUGGUUCCAUUUUGCUUGUGUCGGCUUGACAACAAAGCCAAGAGGGAAAUGGUUCUGUCCUCGCUGUUCCCAGGAAAGGAAGAAAAAAUAAAUUUGAUCAUCUUCCAAGGUCCAGAUACUGUAUCCGAAAUACCCAGCUCUGCAGUUGGGGUUCAGCACUCUUCUCCCAGUUCCUGGGGCUUCGUUAGGUAGGGGUCCCCCACUCUGGGUGAGCAGAGCUACUUGUGAAUGGCUUGUAUCCAUUUGAUGGUUCCUGUGUGUACUGAAACACUCACUGCUUGUCCUUGAGAGGAAGAUGAAGUCAGUCGUUGUCCUACAGCCUUUUUUUCCUGCAUAGGUUUUAAAACCUGCAUCAGCUUAAAGGAACGAAUUUUUCUUGAUGGGGGAAUAUCUGAUUGAAGAAACUGCAGAUUUCCUUCCAGACUUACUAAUUGGUGUUCCAGAGGAGAGGCCAUCCGGUCAACCCUUCAUGCAGUAUGUCACUUAAGAAGACAGGCUUCUUCUUCUCCCUUCCUUCUCCACUACUACAACAUUCCAUUUUUCAAAGGGAGGGAGCUGUACAGAGGCAACUGGAAAGGGAUUCAUUUUUGUUCAUGGGGAAAAUAUUAAAAAGUGAGAUUUUUUUUCCCCCGUCCGAAAUAUUUCAUGGAUUUUGUAAUGGAAGCCAACCAGGCUCCAGUCUUUUCUUGGUGGUGCUUGUUUUAGGGGGAAACCCCAUAUUGUAAAAUAUGCAUUAAAUAAAACCAAUUCAAUACAUGUCAUGAGUGAUUUUCACUUUUGAGUGGACUUUUGAGUUUAUCU